AUGAUUCCCAAUAUUCCAGUAGAUGCUCGAUGGAGAAAGAAUGGAGUGACUGUUGCUGGUCGUCUUCAAUGGGGGUUCGCCUUGGAUCAACUUCAAAAUCCUCACGGUAUCUUCGUUGAUGAUGAUCAAACAGUGUUUAUUGCUGACUGGGGAAAUGCACGUAUUGUUCAAUGGAAGUUGAAUGAGACAAAAGGACAAAUAGUAGCUGGUGGUAAUGGCUUCGGAAAUCGAUUAGACCAACUGUAUGAUCCAACUGAUAUUUUGAUUGAUAGAGAGAUGGAUAAUUUCAUUAUUUGUGAUCGAGUAAAUCGACGAGUUGUACAAUGGUCCCGUUGUCCUAAUACAACUCAAGGAGAAAUUCUCGUUGAGAGAAUUGCUUGUGGAGGAGUAGCCAUGGAUAAUCAGAGGUAUCUCUAUGUCUCUGAAGAAGACAAACAUGAAGUAAGAAGAUAUAAAAUAGGAGAUAAGGAUGGGACAAUUGUUGCUGGUGGUAAUGGCAAUGGUACUGCUCUCAAUCAACUCAACAUUCCGGGAUACAUCUUUGUUGAUAAAGAACAGACUGUCUACAUUUCAGAUCUCUACAAUCAUCGUGUAAUAAAAUGGAAUAAAGAUGCACAAGCAGGAAUUGUUGUCGCUGGAGGUCAUGGCGCAGGAAAAGCUUUAACACAAUUGGCGUAUCCUGAAGGAAUAUGUGUCGAUAGAUUGCAUACUGUCUAUGUAGCAGACAAACAUAAUCAUCGAGUAAUGCGCUGGCCUAAAGAUGCGAAAGAAGGUACUAUCAUCGUUGGUGGAAAUGGUGAAGGACCAGGAGCAACUUAUCUUCGUUAUCCCGAAGGUAUAUUCUUCGAUCGAUAUGGUAAUCUCUAUGUUGCCGACAAUGGAAACAGUCGUGUUCAACGAUUUUUUAUCGAAUAG